AUGGCCGCGUCGGCAGAUUUAAGUAAGUCUUCCCCAACACCGAAUGGGAUUCCAUCUUCAGACACAGCCAACGAUGCCAUGGACCCCUUCCAUGCUUGCAGUAUUCUUAAGCAACUCAAAACAAUGUACGAUGAAGGACAGUUGACAGACAUUGUAGUGGAAGUGGAUCACGGGAAAACAUUUUCUUGCCAUAGAAACGUUCUUGCUGCAAUCAGCCCCUACUUCAGAUCCAUGUUCACUAGCGGCCUUACAGAGAGCACUCAGAAAGAAGUUCGGAUAGUUGGUGUUGAAGCUGAAUCGAUGGAUUUAGUGUUGAACUAUGCCUACACCUCCAGAGUUAUUCUGACAGAGGCCAAUGUUCAAGCCUUGUUCACUGCAGCUAGUAUCUUCCAGAUUGCUUCCAUCCAAGACCGGUGUGCUAAAUAUAUGAUCAGUCAUUUGGAGCCACAAAAUUCUAUUGGAGUUUUCAUCUUUGCUGAUCAUUAUGGUCAUCAAGAACUCAGAGAUCGAUCAAAAGAGUACAUUCGUAAAAAGUUUCUAUGUGUCACCAAAGAACAGGAGUUUCUUGAGUUGACUAAAGACCAACUCAUAAGCAUACUAGACAGUGAUGACUUAAAUGUAGACCGAGAAGAACAUGUUUAUGAAAGCAUUAUAAGGUGGUUUGAACAUGAACAGAAUGAAAGAGAAGUGCACCUUCCAGAAAUUUUUGCCAAAUGCAUACGUUUUCCUCUAAUGGAAGAUUCCUUUAUAGAGACAAUUCCACCUCAGUUUGCACAGGCGAUCGCCAAAAGCUAUGUGGAAAAGGGACCAUCCAGUACCAAUGGCUGUACCCAGAGGCUUGGAAUGACUGCUUCUGAAAUGAUCAUCUGUUUUGAUGCUGCCCACAAACACUCAGGAAAGAAGCAAACAGUGCCUUGUCUAGAUAUAGCCACAGGAAGAGUGUUUAAACUAUGCAAACCACCAAAUGACCUGAGAGAAGUUGGGAUUCUUGUGUCACCAGAUAAUGACAUUUACAUUGCUGGAGGGUACAGGCCAAGUAGCAGUGAGGUCUCCAUAGACCAUAAGGCAGAAAAUGAUUUCUGGAUGUAUGAUCAUACUACCAAUAGAUGGAUAUCCAAACCAUCCUUGCUUAGGGCCAGAAUAGGCUGCAAACUGGUGUAUUGCUGUGGUAAAAUGUAUGCGAUUGGAGGUCGUGUUUAUGAAGGUGAUGGGAGAAACUCACUAAAAUCGGUGGAGUGCUAUGACAGCAGAGAGAAUUGUUGGAGGACUGUCUGCGCAAUGCCUGUUGCAAUGGAGUUUCAUAAUGCUGUGGAAUACAAAGAAAAGAUCUAUGUUUUACAGGGGGAAUUUUUCCUCUUCUAUGAGCCUCAAAAAGACUACUGGGGUUUUUUAACUCCCAUGACUGUGCCUAGAAUCCAGGGCUUAGCAGCUGUAUACAAGGACUCUAUCUACUACAUAGCUGGAACCUGUGGAAAUCAUCAACGUAUGUUUACUGUAGAGGCCUAUGAUAUUGAGCUAAAUAAGUGGACUCGUAAGAAGGACUUUCCAUGCGAUCAGUCCAUAAAUCCAUACCUUAAACUGGUACUUUUCCAAAACAAACUCCAUUUGUUUGUUCGAGCUACUCAAGUGACUGUUGAAGAACAUGUCUUCAGAACCAGCAGGAAAAAUUCCCUUUACCAAUAUGAUGACAUCUCUGACCAAUGGAUGAAAGUUUAUGAGACCCCAGAUCGGCUCUGGGACCUUGGCCGGCAUUUUGAAUGUGCUGUUGCUAAACUCUAUCCUCAGUGUCUUCAAAAAGUACUUUAA